AUGACUGAUACUCGACCUCCCUCUGUUCUCACCAUUGCCGGCUCGGACUCCUCUGGAGGAGCUGGCAUUGAAGCCGAUCUCAAGACCAUCACCGUCCAUGGCUGCUACGGUAUGACAACCAUUACCGGUCUCACUGCUCAGAACACCACAGGAGUCGAGAAGAUCCAUCCCAUUGAGGACCAGGGCUUCAUCACCGCUUGUUUGGACGCCGUCUUCUCCGAUGUAGGUGUUGACGUUGUCAAGACUGGUAUGCUCUCUUCUCAGGAGACCAUCACCACCGUCACCAACUACCUGAAGAAGCACCACGCAAACAAGGCCUCAGUCAUUGACCCUGUUCUGUGCUCCACCUCUGGCUCUACCCUCUUCCCUGCUGAGUACGUGUCUGUCUACCUGGAGCUGUUUGGUCUGGCGACUAUUGUCACCCCCAACAUUCCCGAGGCCGUCGAACUGGCCUCUGUCCUUGAGAAGAAGAAGUUUGAGACCCCCAAGACCGUUCAGGACAUGAAGGAUCUAGCCGUUUCUAUUCACAAGACUGGUGCCAAGUGGGUGCUCAUCAAGGGAGGACAUCUGUCGUUCACCAAGGACAAGGAGCCUGCCAAGGAAAACGAUACUGAUAAGGUCGUCAUUGAUGUGCUUUACGAUGGAAAGGACUUUACUGAGCUCGUCAUGCCUUAUAUCACUACCAAGUCUACCCACGGUACCGGUUGCACUCUAGCCUCUGCCAUUGCCUCCAACCUGGCCAAGGGUAAGGACAUUCCCCAGGCGGUUCUUGAGGGAACCCAGUAUAUCCAGAACGCCAUCUUUGAGGCCCACCCUAUUGGUAAGGGACACGGCCCCGUCAACCACACCUACAACAUGCGAGUUCUUCCUUUCCAGAAGGGCCACUUCCUGGACUACCUUCUUUCACACCCCAAGGUUGCACCUGCCUGGAAGCAGUAUGUUGAGCACCCCUUCGUUAUGCAGCUGGCUAAGGGAGACCUCAAGCCGGAGUGUUAUUACUACUUUCUGCAGCAGGACUACCUCUACCUGCGACACUAUGCUCGAGCUGCCGCCCUAUCCGGCUACAAGGCCAAGAACAUUGCUCAGACCGCUGCUGCUGGUGUAAUCAUCGACACUAUCCAGAGCGAGCUUGGUCUGCAUAUUGACCACUGCAAGGAGAACGGUAUGUCUCUUGAGGAGCUCGAGAACUCCGAGGAGGGACUCCAGUGCUACGCCUACACCCGAUACCUUAUUGAUGUAGGAGCUGCUGAAGACUGGCUGGCUCUUCAGUUUGCUACUUCUCCCUGUCUGUUUGGAUACGGAAUUGCUGCUCGAAACGGUAAGAACCACCCCGAGUACAAGCCCGGUAACCGGUACUCUUCUUGGAUCGACAAGUACGUUGAUCCCAAGUUCGGUUGUGCCACUGAGACCGGACGAGCUCUUCUGGAGGAGGAGGCUCCGAAAGUGUCUCCUGAGCGACUGGAGGAGCUCAUUGAGAUCUUCGCCACUGCCACUAAGAUGGAGGUCACUUUCUGGAACAAGGCUCUGACUCUUGGAGAGUAA